UAAUCCAUCCCUCGUGCAGCUGGUUCAAUCAGGAUCUUUUCAAAUUAAAGCACUACCAUUAAUUUCGGACACACUGAGAAAUAUGACAGCCCAUAUCAUUGAAAGAAACUUUGCAUGAUCAUCUGAUCAGGCCAAAACUAAACUAGUCAAAGCUGAAGUGGAAUUCAAGAUAAUUUGCAUGGUCGUUUGUUAGUGUGCUUAGCCCAUAUGGUCACAUAUCUGCGCUGUAGAAAUCGGUUUACUUAGGAUAUAUUUAAAUAAGAAAGGGGCCGAUCAACACGACUACCGUUUAUUUGAGUCUCAUGGCCAAUUACGUCAAAGUAAAACUGACCAAUCAGUGUACGCAAACAAGUUUUAUAGAUAUCGAUUGACGAAGACUCUUCACUUUCCGUUAUUGGUUGCUUCAGCAGCAGUUCCCAAAACAGCAGUCACUACCAUACCAACGACAGUCUUGCUCAGAACUACUCUCACCCAAACGAUCAGGCUAAGCGGUCAAAAGAAGACAAGCAGGAACAGUUACAAUUGCCGUCAUCUCCCUUUCUGAUAACAGAUUCUCUGCUGUUGUUAGAGGAAAGCUGAAAACCGCGGAUGAACGUACAAACUCCUCUUUUGAAUUCAGUGAUCCGGUGAUACCUGAGGGUAUGGAAGUAGCGUUUGCAUCCUUGAACAUAAUUUUCUCUAUCACUGCGAUACUGGGCAAUGUUCUAAUCCUUAUUGCUCUUCGCAAAGUGACCUCGAUUCAUCCUCCAACGAAACUCUUGUUUCGAUGUCUGGCAGUCAGUGAUAUUUGUGUUGGAAUCAUUGCACAACCGCUGUUUACAGUGAUACAUAUUGACGAAAGAAUGAUAUACCGCUCCAACUUCAUUAUUGAUAUCAUACUUCCCUGUUCCUCUUUUAUACUUUGUGGAGUUUCACUCUUGACAUCAACCGCAAUUAGUGUGGACAGACUUCUCGCGCUGUUGUUGGGUCUGAGAUACAGACAUGUUGUUACAUUAAGGCGGGUGCGAGCGCUAAUUAUCUUCUGUUGGUUUUUAGUUGUUGCUUCAGUUGGAUGUGUCUUCUUUUCAGGUGACUUUUGGCUUUAUGGAUAUAUUGUUUUAAUAUUUAUUUCCCUUUUCAUCUCAACUAUUUCUUACGCCAAGAUCUAUUUCCGUCUCCGCCAACAACUGCUUCAUGUACGGGGCCAUGUUCGCCAACAAGAACAACAACUGCCUCCCAGCGGCGUUGUACCGACUGCAUUGAAUGUUGCACGAUACAAGAAAACAGUUUCCGCCAUAGUAUGGGUACAGCUUGGAUUAUUUGCUUGCUACUCUCCAUUCUGUGUUAUUUCAAUGUCAAAUUAUCUUGGAGUGUCUUUCGGAGUUAAUGUUUUGUACUUUUCCGUAUCUUUACUUUAUUUAAACUCAUCUCUAAACCCCAUUCUUUACUGCUGGAAAAUCAGGGAAGUAACACAAGCAGUAAAGGACACAAUUAGAGAGUUGAAGUGUUGUAGUGAAUCAAAUUGAAACUUUACGUCCUACAAAACAAUGUAAAACUCUAUAAGGGAAUUCAAAAUGAAGUUUCGUGUUUACAAAUGUUGUUUUAGUAAAGUCAAAAGCAAAUGGUAUGAACAUGAUUUGUUGAACUCUUCUACGACUAGUGACAACCUGUUUCACAGACAAUCCAACAUUUUGGGGUAGUGAUUACUUUGGGAUGGUUCUCUGUCUUAGCAAUUAAAUGAAGGAAUAUCGCCUCAAUAGAGAGCGUU